AUGGUUAAAGAGACCAAAUAUUAUGACGUUUUAGGGGUUGCACCCACUGCCAGUGAAGCAGAGUUAAAAACAGCUUACAAGAAGGGCGCUUUGAAACAUCAUCCUGACAAAAAUGCCCAUAACCCCGACGCCGCCGAGAAGUUUAAGGACCUAUCACACGCAUACGAAGUUUUAUCAGAUCCACAGAAACGCCAGCUUUAUGACCAGUUUGGCGAAGAAGGACUGGAGCAAGGGGGUGGCGGCGGUGGAAUGAACGCCGAAGACCUCUUCGCUCAGUUCUUCGGCGGUGGUGGAGGAUUCGGUGGUAUGUUCGGCGGCGGCAUGAGGGAGACGGGGCCAAAGAAAGCCAGAACCAUUCACCACGUCCAUAAAGUUUCGCUCGAAGACAUCUACCGCGGCAAAGUCUCCAAACUGGCUCUGCAAAAGUCCGUCAUUUGCCCGGGAUGUGAAGGCCGUGGUGGAAAAGACGGUGCAGUCAAACAGUGCGUUGGCUGCAAUGGAACUGGUAUGAAGAUCAUGAUGCGCCAGAUGGGUCCGAUGAUUCAGCGCUUCCAGAGCGUCUGCCCGGACUGUAGUGGAGAAGGAGAGAUUAUCCGAGACAAAGACCGCUGCAAGCGUUGCUUGGGUAAGAAAACGACUGUUGAGAGGAAAGUUCUUCACGUCCACGUUGAUAAGGGCGUGAAGAAUGGUCACAGGAUCGAUUUUCGCGGUGAGGGUGAUCAAGUCCCAGGGGCCUUGCCUGGCGACGUAGUGUUCGAAAUCGAACAGAAGCCACACCCGCGGUUCCAGCGAAAAGAGGACGACUUGUUCUACCAAGCUGACAUUGACCUUCUCACUGCUCUCGCCGGAGGAAGCAUAAAUGUUGAACACCUCGACGACCGGUGGCUUACAGUUAACAUUGCCGCUGGCGAGCCUAUCACACCUGGUGCUAUCAAAGUUAUCAAAGGACAGGGAAUGCCGUCUUAUCGCCACCAUGACUUCGGAAACCUCUACAUCCAAUUCAACGUGAAAUUUCCGAAAGGCGAGGAUCUCCGUAACUUGUCGCUCCUUGAAAAUGUUCUGCCCCCACGUUUGGAGCAAAAGCAGCCCCCACCAGAUUCGAUGGUUGAUGAUUUCGAGUUGGAAGAUGUCGACGAGGGCUCCCGUGCCCGUGCUCAAGGCGCAGGCAACUACGAUGAAGAUGAAGAAGAUGGCAUUCCACCUGGUGCGGAACGAAUGCAAUGCGCAUCGCAAUAA